AUGCAUCUUCCACCCCUAGAUAUAGGAGUAGUCGUGAAGACCAGAGCAAAAUAUCCAAUAAUAAAUCAUCAGUACGAUUGCGUUGUCGUAGGAGCAGGUGGAGCAGGAUUAAGAGCAGUUUAUGGUUUGGUUCAACAUGGUUUUAAAACUGCUUGUAUUACCAAGUUGUUUCCAACAAGAUCUCACACUGUUGCAGCACAAGGAGGAGUGAAUGCCGCCUUAAGUCAUUUUGAGGAUGACUGCUGGAAAUGGCACAUGUAUGACACUGUAAAGGGAUCUGAUUGGCUCGGCGACCAGAAUGCUAUCCAUUUUAUGACAAAAGAUGCUCCUAGAGCUGUUUUAGAACUAGAAAAUAUAGGAAUGCCAUUCUCAAGAAAUAAAGACGGUCGAAUAUAUCAAAGAGCUUUUGGUGGACAAACUUUGAAACGAGGAGAAGGAGGUCAAGCACAUCGGACAUGUGCUGCUGCUGACGCGACUGGUCACUAUAUGCUGCAUGCCUUAUACGGAGAAGCUGUCAGACACAAGUGCAAAUUUUUUAUAGAAUACUUUGUACUUGACCUUUUGGUUACAGAGGAUAAGUGCUGUGGUGUAUUAGCUUGGAAUCUAGAAGAUGGUACUUUACACAGAUUCUUCACGAACAAUACUGUGUUGGCUACAGGAGGUUUUGAACGAGCAUAUUUUUCUUGCACAGCAGCACAUACAGUAACAGGAGAUGGAACUGCCAUGGUAACAAGAGCUGGUUUUCCUUUACAAGAUUGCGAAUUUAUGCAAUUUCAUCCUACGGGAAUUUAUGGUUGUGGAGUUUUGGUAACAGAAGGAGCUAGAGGCGAAGGUGGCUUUCUACUAAAUAGCAAAGGUGAACGGUUUAUGGAGAAAUAUGCACCGAAAGCUAAAGAUUUAGCAUCUAGGGACGUGGUCUCACGUUCAAUGGCAAAAGAAAUCAUGGAGGGGCGAGGAUGUGGUCCUGAGGGAGAAUACAUACAUUUACAGCUUAGUCAUCUUCCCAAGGAAAAAAUUAUGCGUCAACUACCGGGUAUCAAGCAAACUGCUAUGGAUUUUGCUGGUGUAGAUAUUCUGAAACAGCCUAUUCCUAUUGUACCCACUGUGCAUUAUGCUAUGGGAGGUAUUCCGACAAAUUAUAGAGGUCAAGCGAUUACUCAAGUGGCCCCUGGAAAAGAUCAAAUAGUUCAAGGAUUAUUCGCUUGCGGCGAAUGUGCUUGUGUAUCUGUACAUGGUGCCAACAGACUUGGAGCUAAUUCUCUUUUGGAAACUAUUGUUUUUGGAAAAUCAGUUGCCGAUACUAUUGCUCAGUAUAGUUGUCCUGGUGAUGUGAUAGAUAUUGACGAGAGUCUUGGGCAAAGUUCAUUAGAAAAUUUCGAUAGAAUGCGGAAAGCGGAUGGAAAACAAUCAGUUGGUACGUUGCGGCUGAAACUUCAAAAAGCGAUGCAGAAGCAUGCGGCUGUGUUUAGAACACAAGAGCUUCUUGAACAGGGUUGUAAAGUAGUCUCCGAACUCUAUUGUGAAUUGAGUGACAUAAAGAUUUGUGAUACGGGCAUGAUUUGGAAUACUGAUUUGGUAGAAGCACUUGAGCUUCAAAAUCUAUUCAUCAAUGCGCUACAAGCUAUAUAUGCCAUGGAACAACGAAAAGAAUCCAGAGGUGCCCAUGCUCGAGAUGAUUAUCCGAAACGCAUAGACGAAUAUGAUUAUAGCGCUCCAAUACGAGGACAGAAGAAAAAGGACAUUGAAGAUCAUUGGCGGAAACAUACUCUUUCAUGGAUGGAUGUAGAGACUGGCGAGAUUUGCUUCACAUAUCGCCCGGUAAUCGAUUGCACAUUGGACGAAGAUGAGUGUCCACCGGUCCCACCAAAACCAAGGGUGUAUUAG